AUGGGAACAGUCAAUUCUGUUUGUUAUGAUAAUUAGGGUAAAUAUUUAGCCUCUUCUUCCAGCGACUUAACUAUCCGUAUUUGGGAUUUGAACUAGUUUAUUUGCAUUAGGACACUUUAUGGACAUGAACAUAAUGUUUCUGAUGUUAAAUUUAUGCCCAGUGGGGAUUUCCUAAUCAGUGCUUCUAGAGACAAGACGAUUAAAUUAUGGGAAAUAGCCUCUGGAUAUUGCAAAAGGACAUACGAAGGACACGAUGAAUGGGUGAAAUGUAUUUAAGUUAAUUCUACAGGCAACUUAUUAGCCUCUGGUUCUUCGGAUUAAACUGUAAUGUUAUGGAAUGUAGAAAACUCUGUACCUUAAUAGAUUUUGAGAGGACAUGAGCAUGUUGUAGAAUGUGUAGUUUUCGGAAUUUUAGGAGAAAAAGAGAAGAUUUAAGUAGUAAUUUCAGGUUCGAGAGAUAAAACGAUAAAAGUUUGGAAUUGCAAUAAUGGGUAAUUAAUUAAUACUUUGAUUGGACAUGACAAUUGGGUAAGGUAAUUAAGUCUUCAUUCUAGUAAUAAAUAUAUUUAUUCUGCUUCGGAUGAUAAAAGUAUUAGAGUUUGGGAUUUGGAGAAAUUUAGACCCAUAAGAAAAUUUAAUGAGGCGCACGGACAUUUUAUUUGCUGUGUUUAGUUUAAUCCUAAGUAUUUGUUUUUGGCUAGUUGUAGUGUGGAUACUAGUAUUAAAAUUUGGGAUUUGAAAGAUUAUUGA